AAAACGGCGAGACGUGCUCGAGAUGAAGACGCUCUUCAUCCUAUUCGCUAUCCUAGGGAUAACAGCAGCAAAGGCUGUUCCCGUUCACCGUGUGAAUGCACACACUCGCGACCUGCAGGAUGACCUCGACGACUUCCUCGCCCUCAUUCCCAUCGACGAAAUUGUGAACAUUGUGCUUAACCACUUGGCCAACGACCCUGAGGUGCAGGCUGUCGCUCAAUACGUGCUCUCUGAUGACUUCAAGAGCAUUGUCCUGGCCAUUGACGCUCUCCCAGAAUACAUUGAUUUCCUCAACUACCUGCAAGAGUCCGGCCUCGAUGUCUACAAAUACGUGAACAUUCUACACGACUUCCUGGGACUGCCCCAGCUUACCCCUCCUUCCAAGCUGAGACGCACCAGGAGCAUCCGUUCCAUGGUCGACGAGAUUCUCGCCAUCUUGCCACUGGACGAACUCCGGGCUCUGUUCGACGAGAAGCUGGAAACCAGCCCUGACUUCAAGGAACUGUAUGACAGGAUUAGGUCUCCCGAAUUCCAGUCGAUCGUGGAAACUCUGAACUCUCUGCCAGAGUACCAGGAGCUGCUCCAGAAACUGAGGGACGCCGGGAUCGACGUCGACGCAUUCAUUGAUCUGAUUCGCGGUCUCUUCGGCCUACCAACAAGCUCCAGCAACAAGAUUCGUUUCCAUGUAACUGCCAAGAAGGCCAACCGCAACCUCCAGGAUGACCUCAACGACUUCCUCGCCCUCAUUCCCAUCGACGAAAUUGUGAACAUUGUGCUUAACCACUUGGCCAAUGACCCUGAGGUGCAGGCUGCCGUUGAAUACGUGCUCUCUGAUGACUUCAAGAGCAUUGUCCUGGCCAUCGACGCUCUCCCAGAGUACAUUGAUUUCCUCAACUACCUGCAAGAGUCCGGCCUCGAUGUCUACAAAUAUGUGAACGCUCUACACGACUUCCUGGGACUGCCCCAGCUUACCCCUCCUUCCAAGCUGAGACGCACCAGGAGCAUCCGUUCCAUGGUCGACGAGAUUCUCGCCAUCUUGCCACUGGACGAACUCCGGGCUCUGUUCGACGAGAAGCUGGAAACCAGCCCUGACUUCAAGGAACUGUAUGACAGGAUUAGGUCUCCCGAAUUCCAGUCGAUUGUGGAAACUCUGAACUCGCUGCCAGAGUACCAGGAGCUGCUCCAGAAACUGAGGGACGCCGGCAUCGACGUCGACGCAUUCAUUGACUUGAUCCGUGGACUUUUCGGCCUGCCAACCAGGUCGAGGCAUUAAUCUCCAUUCUACCAGUACCUCUGUCCACAAAACACUCCUGUUAAUGGACCAAUGCUGUGUAAUACUGAAGAUCUGUCUUCUAUUUGAGAGCACGUAAAUAAAAAAUGUCCAGCAAGUUA